GUGAAGUGAAGCGUCGAUUUAAUUACUACAUAGUAUUGUCUUUUUAAGCAAAGCUGUUUAUCUGCAUUAUGUCGGACGAAUCAUUGCAAUUAAUUGAUAAAGAAAUACGCGAUCUUUAUGAUUACUGUAUUAAAAAUGGAAUGACAGAAGGAGAAAUAUUGAAAGCUGCUUCGCCUUUAAUUCGCUCGAUUCAAUGGGAGAAAGUGAAGAAACGUUUCUUUGCUGGAGUAACUCUGAUUAUAGUUAUUGGCAUAUGUAUCAGUUUAUUAUUAUAUGAUCCUGUUUUUCGUAUGAUUUGUAUGCUUGGUCGACUUUUCUUAAUCAAGAUUUUACCAUUUUGGGAUUGGACUUAUUUAUACAGAUCUGCUUGCUUCAUCUCUAAUCCAUUCUAUACUGCACCAGGACUUGACGAAUCUGACUGUCAAAUAUGUGAAGAUUUAUCUGGCAUUGAUGUUGUUAAUUCUACCACUUCAGAAGUAGUCAUGGAAAGAUAUUUAAAAAAUGAUAUUCCAUUUAUAGUGAAUAAUGCAACUAAAGGAUGGGCUGUGAAUGAAAAUUUUAAUAUAAACAAUAUUACAAAAAUAUAUCUAGAUGAACUUGAGAGUAAUGAUGAAGUAUGCAUGUUCCAAACUAAUCUUAAAAUUGAUAACCAUAUAAAUCUUUUGGAAACUUUAACUUCACAUAAUUUACUAAAUCGAUGGUAUGCUCAUUGUGACUUCAUACCUAAAACUCUUAAUGAUAUUGCAACUAAUUUCAAAGAGAAUACACAAAAAACUAAAACAGAAAAUGAAGAAGUAGCUGUAAAAUUACAAGUUUCAGAAAAUAAAAUAUCAAAUGAAGACAAUCAUUUUUGUGAAAAAAUUAUUACUUUACCUAAAGAAGAUUCAGACUGUACACUAAAACAUUGUAAUUUGAAAUUUGUGUUUGUGUUAGUUUCAGAACAGCUAAAAAAAGAAAAAGAUGAUAAUAUUACCCUUAAAAUAAUUUUAAAGCAAAAUAAUGAUGGUUUCAAGAAAAUUCAGGAUUUAUAUAUUCAAGAAAUUAAAAUGUUACAAAGUAUUUUGAAUCGAAAACAGAUUCAACAGUUAUAUAGUGUCAGUAGCAUCAGAAAACAAAAAGAAAAACAACACAUGAAUUUUUCAAGUGAUCCAGUAAAAGAAAGUAUAACAGAAAGAAUAUCAAAAUUUCAAGAUGUACAUAGUAAUCAAUCAUAUUCCCCAUUAUUAAGAAAUUUUGAAGAUUAUCAUGAGAGUAUUUCUAAAAACAGCAGUUUACCAAGCAAUUUGAAUAAAGUGGGACUUUAUAAUUAUCCACAUGAAAAGACAAAGUUCAGAUCAAUUGGUAAUUUGACUUUAAAUAAUGAAGAAGAUAGCUCAUCUCAGAAGUCAUCUAAGAAUGUUAGUAGUAAUGAAUCAGUAAUGAGUCCUAAUAUAAAAGAAAAAGAAGUUGUAAAUAAUUCUGAUGAAAAACUGUUGCGAAAGGAGUUAGAACAGUUAAGGCAUAAAAUGAACCAGCCAUGUGAAAUGUGUAGGAAUUAUGAAAUACAACUGCAACAAAAACAGAAAUUAGAGCAGCAACAUCAAAAAGAAUUAGAUAGAUUUCAACAAAUUCAAGAGCAGUAUAAGCAAGACUUACAGAAAGAACAAAUAUAUCGUACUGAAAUGGAACAGGCUGCUAUUGAAUUGGCCAAAAAUUCUGAAAAAGAAAUUAUAGAUCUCCUUAAAAGAUUAGAAUCAAAUGAGAAGCUUCUUUAUGAAUUAAAAUCUGAUUUCUCUUUUUACAAAGAGAGUAUCCAGGAACAGUUGAAACAAUUAUGUAAUUUCAUAGAAGAAUUAAAAGCAGAGGUAUGCUUUAUAAAGUUUACUUUUAUAAAACACUAA